ACGAUUGUUCCGUUAGUCGGUUAGUACACACUCAGUGUCAAAUCUAAAUACGUUAAAAGUAGAUUUGUUAAGUUAUUGUUUUUUUGAUAAUAAAUAAUUGAAAUUAACAGUUGUUUUGUAAAUAGAAUUCAGUGAUCCACAUGUUUGUCAACGAAAAUGAGGGUGAAAGUAUUUAAGAAUCAAGAAAAAUGAUUUCAUUUAUUGAAAUAAUGAGAAAAUUGAUUUCUCCUACGUGUAAAAAAGUUUGUGAACCACGUAAGCGCUCAACUGAUUAUCUGUAUCUUAUACUAUAAGCGAAUAAUAUUAAUGAAUCGAUGAUAGUGAGAAGUAAAAGUUAACUGUAAGAGAGUAAAAAAAAUUUCUAUAAUGCUUUAUAUUUUUAUUACAAUCAUUGAUUAUUGAUUUAUUGUUGUUACUUGACAAUAAAAAAAUUAAUAAAUUCUUCAAAUACAAUAAUUUCGAUCAAAAUUUGUGUUAAAUAUUUGGAAAAAAUACAAAAUAAUGUCAAGGAAUUGUCAAAAAAAUGAGACGUGAGAAGACGUAAAUGUAUACGUGACUUAAUGAGUAUACAAGAUUUUGAUGCAUCAAGAGUGAAACUCACGUUAUUUUGAGUGAAAUAUGUUGUUAUCAAAUACAGUCCAAAAAUCGCUUUUGAUUACACAUCAAUGAAAUAUCGAAUUAAUGUUGAAAGUUUAAACAAAUUAUAACCAUACGAAAUUAUUUAUUUAAUAAAACAGUUAAAAAACUAUUAAAAAUGUCAAAAACAAUAUUGUGGCUAUUUUUCUCAUAUUUGACGCUCAGCUAUGCCAAUUAUUUUGGAUCUAAUGUAAAUAAUAAUAGCGAUCAAUGUUUUUGUAAAUUGAAAGGGUCCAUUGAUGAUUGUAGUUGUAGUGUUGAUACGGUAGAUUAUUUCAAUAAUAUGAAAAUAUAUCCAAGAUUACAAAGUCUUCUAGUAAGAGCUUAUUUUCGUUUUUUUAAAGUUAAUUUAAAAAAAGAAUGUCCAUUUUGGGCAGACGAUAGUAAAUGUGCAAUUAGAUAUUGCCAUGUUCAACCUUGUAAAGUUGAUGAUAUACCAGUAGGAUUAAAAGGAGAGCUGCCUACAAAUGGUCAUGCUCAUAAACGUCCAUUUGAAAAAUAUUUAGCUGAAGCACAGUUAGACGAUUGUGAGCAAACGGCGAGAGAUCACGAUCGAGAGCUUGGUUAUUUGAAUACAACAAUUAGUUCGGAAAAUUAUAAAGAAUUUGAACGAUGGCAACAGUACGAUGAUGCUCAAGAUAAUUUUUGUGUAAUGGAAACAAUGGAUGGUGAAUACGUUGAUCUUUUACUUAAUCCUGAACGAUAUACCGGUUAUAAGGGACCCAGUGCUCAUAGAAUAUGGAGAAGUAUUUAUAUGGAAAAUUGUUUUAGACCUGAUAAAUCACCACAUAAUUUUAUUCAGACAUCGAAAAUAAAUGGCAUGUGUUUAGAAAAACGAGCCUUUUAUCGAGCUAUAUCCGGAUUACAUGCAAGCAUAAAUAUUCACUUAUCUGCUAAGUAUUUAUUAUCUAGUCAGAAUUCCAUGGGUCUCGUCAAAAGUGACACAGAAUGGGGUCCUAAUUUGCAAGAAUUUAAGCGAAGAUUUUCUCCUGAAACCACAGGAGGUGAAGGACCUGGGUGGUUGAAUAAUUUAUACUUCUUGUAUUUACUGGAGUUGAGAGCUUUAGCUAAGGCAUCACCUUAUUUAGAAAGAGAAGAAUAUUAUACAGGCAAUGAAGUUGAAGAUGCUGAAACCAAAAUGGCAAUAAGAGACAUUCUUGCAGUUAUAAAGUCAUUUUCUGAUCAUUUUGAUGAGUCUGUUAUGUUUAACGGCGGGCUUCAGGCUCAAGCAUUGAAAGAAGAAUUUAGGCAACAUUUCAGAAAUAUAUCUCGUAUAAUGGAUUGUGUUGGAUGUGAUAAAUGCAAAUUAUGGGGAAAAUUGCAAACGCACGGUGUUGGAACUGCAUUGAAAAUAUUAUUCUCAGGAAAAUUUGAUAAAUGGUCUCCCACAUUAAAUAAUUUAAAUAAAAAACAUUUUUACCUUGACAGAACCGAAAUUGUUGCAUUAAUUAACGGUUUUGGAAGACUAUCAGAAAGUAUUUUCGAGCUUGAAAAAUUUCGUCAAAUGAUGAGAUAGUGUGAUUCAAGAUUGAAAAAAAAAAACCUUAUAAAACCAGUGUGCAAAUAUAACAUAGAAUAAUUUAUAGAUAUUAAUUUACAUCGAUUACGUAAACUUUUAAUUAACAAAAUUAUCGAUCCAAAUGAUAUUUUUAUUUUUUAAUAGCCAUGAUAUUAUGUGUGAAUAAUUGACUAUUCAGUAAUCCUUCUUAUCAUCUUAUCAUUAUCAAAUAUCAUCUUAAUAUUACUGUGUUAAUACUCCGGGAGGAUUUUUUCUCGGAAGGAUUUUUGCGUACACCCCAAACAGUUUAUCGCUUCCGUUUUUUAAAUAUUUAUAAACAAAUAUUUUACAAAUUGACUACUCAAUACUCUUGAGUACGAAUUUAUUUUUCUACGUACACUUACUAUUUCAUCAAUUUCUCAAAUAUAUACCUUAAAAAAGACGUAAAUAACGACUAAAUACAUAGAUAUUUCUCAUUUAAUAAUUUAUAACAGUUACAAUCCAAUUUUAUCUGUGAUAAAUGAUUUGCUUGUCCAUUUUUUUCUGGUGUAACAUAUUGUAU